UGGGCGUGUUCCGCGGUAUGGGGCUCAAACCCUAAAAGUGCAUUACCGGGGCGUGAGUGAUCAAGAUGAGAUCAGAUGGGCUCCAGCCCAGCUUGACGCAAGGAACCCUCCCUUCUCCUCCCCCUCCUGAGAUUCAAAAGCUUCCCCGCAAGAGAUCAAACAAACCAGACCUCCCUGCAACCAAGCUGUGAUCUUACACGGGCUCUGGCCACCCCAGCGCUGCAGGGAUGGAAGUUGCCAAAGCCCCCAAAGUCUUUGUCUCAACUGGACGUCGGAUCCUCACCAUUGGCUUUGCCUUGCUCAUACUGUCAGUCCUGGCGUGGGCCUACAUAACUGGUGUCCAGCUGGCCGCCGACCAGUACCACAUCAUGGCUUUUGGUCUCUACGGAGCCUUCCUUACAUCCCAUCUCAUAAUCCAGAGCUUCUUUGCUUUCCUGGAGCACAAGAGGAUGAGGAGGGACUUGUUGACUUGCAGCUACACCAAGACGGUGGCCCUCACCAUUUCCGCUUACCAGGAAGACCCGGCUUACCUCCGCGAGUGCCUUGAGUCUGUCAAAGCGACCUUGUAUCCUCCAGAGAAACUCCGGGUUAUCAUGGUAGUAGAUGGAAACAGCCCUGAGGACCGAUACAUGAUGGACAUGUUCCAAGAGGUCUUUGCUGGAGAGGACCUGGGGACUUUUAUCUGGGAGAACAACUACCACCACCAGCCUCAGUUGGAUGUGGACGAAGGGGACAGUGGCUACCAAGCCGGGGAUGAGCCAUCUGUCUACAGUGAAAUAGAUAUGGAGGACCCCGGGCAACUGGCAGUGGAGGAGCUGAUCCGGACUAAGAGAUGUAUCUGCAUCAUGCAGAAAUGGGGCGGGAAGAGGGAAGUCAUGUACACUGCUUUCAAGGCCCUGGGCAACUCGGUGGACUAUGUCCAGGUUUGUGAUUCGGACACCAAGCUGGCGCCAGAGGCAACCGUGGAACUGGUGAAGGUGCUGGAGUCAAAUGAACGCUACGGGGCUGUCGGUGGGGAUGUGCGGAUCCUCAACCUCUCCGACUCCUAUAUCAGCUUCAUGAGUAGCCUGCGCUACUGGAUGGCCUUCAACAUCGAACGCGCCUGCCAGUCUUACUUCAACUGUGUCUCUUGUAUUAGCGGCCCACUAGGCCUAUAUCGGAACGACCUCCUGCAGCAGUUUCUGGAGUCCUGGUACAAUCAGAAAUUCCUGGGAACCCACUGCACCUUUGGGGAUGACCGGCACCUCACCAACAGGAUGUUGAGCAUCGGCUAUGCCACCAAGUACACUGCCCGUUCCCGCUGCUACUCGGAGACCCCCUCCUUGUUCCUACGGUGGCUGGCACAGCAAACUCGUUGGACAAAGUCCUACUUCCGUGAGUGGCUCUACAAUGCUCUCUGGUGGCACCGUCACCACCUGUGGAUGACCUACGAGUCAGUGGUCGCUGGCAUCUUCCCUUUCUUCGUCACUGCCACCGUUCUGCGGCUCUUCUAUGGGGGGAACUUGUGGGACAUACUGUGGGUGUUGCUCUGUGUCCAGCUGGUGGCCUGUGUGAAGGCCCUUUACGCCUGCUGGCUGAGGAAAAACCUCAUCAUGAUCUUCAUGUCUCUCUACGCUGUCCUGUACAUGGGUGGCCUACUCCCGGCCAAGUACUUUGCCAUAGCAACCAUGAACAAGAGCAGCUGGGGCACCUCAGGCCGGAAGAAAAUGGUGGGGAACUACAUGCCUCUGCUGCCUGUUUCCAUUUGGGGCCUGCUCCUCUUGGGAGGCCUGGUGUACACCAUCUACCAGGAAGCCCUGGCUGACUGGACGACAGAGGUCAAACAGACAGAGAUCUGGUACCUGCUCAUUGGCUCAGCCAUCUAUAUGGGCUACUGGACGUUCAUGAUCAUGCUUUACUGGGUGUGGGUGCGGAGGUGCUGCCGGAAGCGGGCGGAUUUCUACAGUGUUGAGGUGUGAACCAGGCAAGGAGAAGGGUCUGGGGAUUCUGAAACCUGGCUGUAAGACAGGAGCCACGAGAGCUGGGAAUCAGGACUCUUGGGUAGUCACCCAAGCUCUAGGAAUGGACAGUGGCCUAAUAAGAAUCACUCCUGGGUAACUAACAGCUGGGGAGCUCAUCAUCGGGUGCAUGCAUUCUAUCUCCUUUUUACCCCUCAAAGUCGUCUGUCAAUAGAGUGGAUGCCUGAACUUCUUCGUCUCUCUUCUAGGACUCAGGGUGGAGCCAAGUGGUUGUCUGGAAGCCACAUGGUGCCUGUAUCUCAGGGAAGAUAAUUUGUUUUAUCCAACAAUGCAUGAGGGUCUACUAGCCUCUUCUUUUUCUUUCCUGUGUUAUAUAUAACCCCACUAGGGCAUGUGCUGCCCAAGAACCAAUCCUCAUUGCACUGAAAUGCCAUUGCUGCUCCAAGUCUGGAUGCGGCAGCCGUUAAACAGAGAGACGAGGAUUAAGUGACUUUGGUUUGCUGUUGCUGUUCUGUUGAAGCAUGCAACAGGUUGGAUCUCACUGGGAAAAGGGGGGGGAUAACCUCAUUUUGAUGGAACUGGAGAUCAGACCUUGACACCUGUGAAUCCUGCCUUACUUAAAGGAUUCUCUUCUCUCUCUUUCUGCAAGAAGGAAAACAAAACACGUAGUACUAUGUCUCAUUUUACUGUCUGAACACUUGAUGAUUAGAAAAGAAACACAGGAGUUUACAAUUGUGUGACAGAAGCGGGAAACUUCUGCCUCAUUUUUUUUUCACCUGGAAAGGAAGUUGACACUGUGGCUGAGAGGUGGGUCAGAUUCACCUCUAAUCACCUCUCUGUACUUGUUUUUUUAAAUCACAAUAUUGUCCACUGGGGCUUUGGGAGCCCCUUUCAAGAGGAAAAUGAAGGAGCAUAUAUUAUUUAUUUGCUGUAUUUUAAUAAUAAGGGAUAUUUAAUGGUUGUUUUUUAAAAAGAGAA